GGAAGACCCUGGAGCUGCCCCAUCCCAGCACCUGGAGAAGAUGGAGCAGUUGCAUCCCCUGCAGGAAGAUCCAGGACGGGACCAGACACGAGAGCAGGACCGCGCCCAUGGCUGCUUCCGCAGGGCAGCACAGGCCUUUCUGAAAUUCUUGGGCGUUCGGCGUAAUAGGACCACAACCAAACCAACUGAGGUCAUGGCACAGCCUGACCCCAGCCCGACUGAGCUCAAGGCAGACCCUGAUGUCACCACCGCGCUGACUGAUGGCACAGGAUGCUGUGAUACCCCAACGAUUGUUCACGCAACAAAGUCUGACCCUGCUUUGAGUGAUGCUACAACAGACCCUGACAGCCCAUCGAUGGAUCGCACUGCAACCCCUGACAUCCCGUUGAGCGAUGAACCAACAAACUCUGGCCCUGCACCGCCCGAUCUCACUGCGGAGGCCGAUGCUGCAAUGACCGAGGGCACUGCAGACACUGACCUCGUGCCCAGGGAGAGUGUGAAUUCUGCUCCCACUCCAGAUAUUUUUGAGGGGAAUGGUGUCUCCAGUCCAGAGCAAGUGCCAGCCUUCAUCAGGAAUGUGCACCAGAGACUGACAGCCAACGUGACUCCAGAAGAGAAGCUGCUGGCGGAGUUUCUGAGGGUGACUGAGGCACACCCUGCUGAUGUUGUGCUCACCCUCCUACGCUGUGCCCCAUCGUGUGACAGAGCUGCUGCAACCCUGUGGAAGAUCAUCGCCUCAUCAGGAAGGACAGUGGCAAAGGUGCUGCCAGAGCUGCUCCCCGUGAUGGAGGACUGGCCACUGCACAGCACGUCCACCUCUGACGGGGACAAAACACAUGUCUUUGCCCUGGCUGCAACCAGGGUGAUUUGGGAGAUUCUCCAGAUGCUCCAGGGCCCAGAGCCAUUGAGAAAGUAUUCCCCCCGUCUCCUCGUGGAUCUGCUCUUCCAGAUUUCCAUCAGCCCAGAGCAGAUGCCAGAGGAAGUUGACACCUUGUGGAGGGAAUGCCAGAAGCAAUACGACCUUCCAACAGACUCCAAGAGGUUUGCAGUGCUGACCCUCAAAGCCCUGCUUCAUCUGGAGUGUGAAGGUGUCGUGCUUUCAAUGGAACGGAAGCGUGGCUGGGACACGCUCCUCAGCGCCGACACCCACCACUACGCAGUGGGUCUGCUGGCCAGGGAGAUGCUCCGUGCCUCGAGCCCCUUGUAUUACCGGAUUGCCCGCUGCCUGCUGAGGCUGCUCACCAGGGAAAAGACCUCCUGGGAGCUCCCUGCCAUGGCAUUCCUUGUGGAGGUCCUGGACUACCUGGACAUGACUGAAUGGAGCGACAGCAUCCUGGAGGUCCUUUCAAGGCACCUGUGGAGCGAGCGCCCAGAGAUGCGUCGCCUGGUGCUGAGAAGCCUCGUGGUGCUGAGCAAGGAUCCUGUGAUGGCUGACGGCAUGUGGAGCCUGACACAGAGCCUCAUGGACGUACUGUGGGAUACAGACGGAGACUUGGUCUGGGCGACCCUCACUGUAUUCAUCAAUGAAGUCCAGGACAGAGACAUCCGAAUCUCCACCCCCACUGCCCUGCAGCUGGCUGAGAUGCUCCAACCACUCUUUGGCCACGACAACAUCCAUGUGCAGGUGCUCUCCAUUUACCUCUUCCGAAAGGUGAUGGAGUUGGGAGUGGAGGAGAGUAAACAACCCCUGAAGACACGUGUCACCUACAGCCUGCUCCCACUUUUUUUCCACUGGCAUAAUGAGAACCAGGACGUGGCAGAAGCCUCUCGGGGAGCGCUGCUUCGUGCAGCGGGGUUGCUGAAGAGGAAGGAUCUCGUGAAGCUGCUGAAGACAGAGCAGCCUUGGAGGUUCAGUGAGUGCCUGCUGGAAAAGGAGCGGGGUCGAGUGGCCGAGUACCUGCGCCAGGCCCUGUCGUACCUGGAGAGCCCACAGGAGCCCCUGCGAGAGGCGGCCCUCAAGUUCAUUGGGAUGGCCGGGAGGUACCUGCGGGGACAGCCUGAAGAGCUGCAGGACAUCAUCGAGACUCUUCAGGGUCUGAGGAAUGACACCAGCCCCGCCAUCUCAAGCCUGGCGCUUCAGAGCUGCAAAGAGAUCGAAGCUGCUCAGAGAGCUGCAUCCCCCCAGCUGCAGCAGCUGCCAGACUGGCUGUGCGGGGCCUGCCGGAGCUGUCCUGCUCUGCGGGGCAGUUUCUGGCUGUGCUGCCAGAGCUCUGGGGAGGCUUGAUGUGGGAAGCGGUGUCUGCUGCGGCCACGUGAGCCUGCGAGGAAGACCCCUGCUGUGGAAGCACUUCCCUCUAGUCCAGCAUAGGAAUAUAAAAUUCCUCUUGCCACACA